AUGCCUCCGAAAGUUGUUUCUGGGAAAGCGGCUAAAAAAUCAUCUAAAGUCAAGGUACCUAAGUCUGAGAAGAAAAAAAAGCGAAGGAGGAAGGAGAGCUAUGCCAUAUACAUAUAUAAGGUGUUACGUCAAGUCCAUCCAGACACAGGGAUAUCAUCAAAAGCGAUGUCUAUAAUGAACUCUUUUGUUAAUGAUAUCUUUGAAAGGAUUGCAGCAGAAGCUAGUCGCUUAGCACAUUAUAACAAAAAAUCCACUAUUACCAGUCGUGAGGUUCAAACUGCUGUCCGACUACUAUUGCCUGGCGAACUUGCGAAACAUGCUGUGUCUGAAGGUACAAAAGCAGUUACUAAGUACAGUGGAUCGAAAUAAAAUGACUUUAACUUCCAUAUGUAAUGUUUUUAAGCAGACAAUAAAAUUAUUUUCAUCAGCUUGUUAUGAAGGACUUACUGUUCACUCGUCGGAAAAUAACCCCAAGCAUAGUAGUUGAAUUAAACGAUAUUCAACUUUACAUAAUAAAAGUAACAUAUUUUAUAGGCAAUACAUUAUAUCACUACUAAUAUUACUUCAUCCGCGAGUAGUUAUUACUCUACUCGGAAUGUUAUUUUACAAAAGUUAAGAAUUAGUAUCAUGAAAGUGGUAUUGUAUUCAACAAUAAAUAACAUUAUGAAAUACAUUGUUAUUAUUUAUUGGUUAUGUUUGAAUUUCUCUUCCUGAAUUCAACUUGUCUUUUUUCCUUCUAUUUUAAUGUAAUAUAUUUUGUAAGAAAUAGACGAAAAGAAUUAUUUACGAAUAUUCUAUACAAGUACAAUACUACUAUUAGUUUCAAUAAUAAAUAAAACUGUACUGUGGAGAAUGUUUAAAAUGUAAUAUCUUUAAUUAUAAUAUACAAUCUUUUAAAAA